UCACAAAGGACCUUUUCUUCUACCAAGGAUAGUUCUAUUAUUAUCCCAGAGUGCUAGAUAGCUACAAUCAUUUCCCUAGCCCUACUUGCAACUGGACACUAUUUCAACUCGGAUUCUGUGUGGCCUUGUGCAGCAGAGAAACCACCUGCAUUUAUUUCCUUGGCGAAAGGAAAUACAGUGCUUGUUUCAUUGCUUCAUAUUCGAUAGUUCGUUGUUUAACGCGCAUUCGUUCUCACAAGGUGAACCUUCAGAUCAGUUCCGCGACCACAGCAUGCCAUGAACGGUACUCCCCGACUACGGUCUGCCUUCCCUCAGACGCCCCAAACAACCCGAGGGAUAAGGAGCUAUGAUGAAACUCCCUUGGGACCGAAGUCUCGACCAGCCACGGAGUUGAAAUCUCGUUCUGCGCGAGCACAGACUUCGGACUCGCCUCUUAUCCCUAUCGAUGUGUUAGACGCCCCGACGCAGAGAUUUUAUGUCGUGGCUUUUUAUGUCGCAUUCAAUGCCUGGCGAGUGUACGAAUCGCUGAGCGCAUCUGAUGAUUUGGAUUCGACUUGGCUUUUCUUAAAAUGGGUGUCAUUUGAUGGGAUUUUUCUCUUCGGUUUGCAAACCCUACGCAUACCGUGGCUGGAAUGGGCGUUUCCGACGACACUCGCAGCCUUUUUACUACAUGUAGCCGGGAAUAUAUUUUUAAUGUUUCGCAUUCCGGUUUGUACCGCAUUUGGCUUGGGGACUAUGCCCAGGGAGAGAUCUUGCUAAUCUGUGACCAGAUCCCCAUCGGCGCAUGGAUCUCUGGGGUGAUGAAGAUAAUGUACGACAGGGAGCUUGCAAUAUCCGAACGGCGAGUUAAACCAGGGGAUAUAAUCCACAAUGCUUCCUUAAUAUUAGGAAAGCAAAUAGUUCAUAUCCUGCCCGAGGGGUCCUCAGUCUUAAACCCAGAUCGAGUACCAAUUUGUAUCGACUCGCAAAAUAGUCCGGUCAAUCUACCUAUCCGUAUCAAUCAAACAAAUCCUAUUCUCAUAGAGCUGUUACGGGUUGACUUCGGCAGUGGUCGAAAUGAGACGAUCUCGAUUCAGUCGAAGCAGCUGAAGCAGAUGAAGCGUCAAGCGGAUAAAAAGAGUUCUGGUUCGAAAGUUCCUCACCGCGAUUUACUUUUCCCAGUGAAGAAGACUGGCAUUUAUCGCCUUCAAAGGGUAGUAGAUGAGUCAGAACUUGACGUUCAUAUGCGUCUAUCUGAUGCUCUAGUUGUUUCCUGCCCCACGGCAUCAAUUAAGGGCUUACAAUCGCAUAAAUGCAAAGGGGAGCUGUCGAAUUUGAUAUUGGAAGUCGAAGGGACGCCGCCUUUGCGUAUUAAAUACAGGAGGCAGGUGAACCAUCUUGAUCGCGGAUUCUCUUUUCAGAAUGUACAGCCGGAUAAUCUGCGUUCUCCAUUGUUAAGCCAGAAGCAGGGUAAAGUGCUAUUUAACCCGCAGCAGCCAGACAUUGCAUGGGCUCAGAGCCAAAGGAUUGAAGUUCCGCUGAACGAGUCUCUAAAUACUGACGGCGAAUGGCUUUACACAAUUGAAGAAGUCCACGAUGGUUGCGGGAACAUAGCAAAUUUCACUGCGUAUCUGGACGAAAUGGAUCGCCAACCUGCGAAAUCUUUGUCCCCAUGGCACCGGUUUUCUGUUCACGAACGGCCCAGACUCUCCUUCACCGGAUGCGACGACCGACACUUCUUAGAAUUUGCGCGAGGUGAAAGUGUGGAACUGCCGCUGAAAUUCCACCCUGCUGGCCAAGGAUACGACAGGGAUGGGCCUUUUGCACUUACUUACUCCAGUAGCACUGGGAACGAGAACGUGGAUUAUACGACAGCCAAGGUCCAUCAGUUAUCCAUUAAGAAUCUACAGCACAGGCCUUCGAUAAAGAAACCUGGAUGGUAUACGCUCAAUUCAGUCUCCAGUCAGUUUUGCUCGGGAGAGGUUCUGGAGCCCUCGUCUUGCUAUCUGCACAAUCCUCCCGAGCCUGAGUUGGCCGUCCGAUACGAGAAGAUUUUUGAUAAGUGCGCGAACAACUCAGUUGGGUUACUUGUUGACGUGGACCUGGUCGGCUCGCCACCGUUUCGUCUUCGGUAUAGCAUCGAGCAUUCAAAGGGCGUUGAAACCUUAUCUCAGACCAUCGAAGGAUCGCACGCUCAAUUUGAUUUCACGCCAGCUGAUGCAGGUCACUACCGCUACCGCUUUUUGGACAUAGCGGAUGCCGUUUAUGGACCUAGGUCUUUGAAGGAUAAAGCACCUAUCCUGGAACAGGACGUUAAACCACCUGCGUCAGCUCGUUUCCUUGGUUCUAGAGAAAUUCGCAAGGCUUGCUUUGGUGAACCGGUGUCUGUUGACGUUUCUUUCAUUGGGGAAUCGCCGUGGACUCUGGAAUACGAGCUCGUCCAUAACGGCAAAAAGACAAAGCAUCUUUUACAAUCCUGGAGCGAGAUAUCUAACAUCGUGACCGAAAGACUUGUCAAAGGUGGAGAAUAUAAUCUUGUACUGACAAGCGUCAAGGACAAAUCGAAUUGCAAAAGAUUGCUCGAAGAUAGUAUCAAGAUUUACGCUCGGUCAAAGCCGCCACAUGUCUCCUUUGGACAGAUUGAUAGGAAAAGGAGCGUUUCAGCCUUGCAAAACUCUAAAGUCGACAUUCCGCUUAGAUUGAGCGGCGAGCGACCAUGGACAAUCAGGUACAGAAAUAUCGACUCCGAUUCUCCCGCCUUUUCAAAGAUGCUUUGGGAAGAGAACAGCCUCUUGACGGUGGAACAGGAAGGUCGCUACGAGCUCGAGGAUGUCUUUGAUGCUUCCUGCCCUGGUUCUAUUGACCGGUCAGCCAAGUCAUUCGAGGUAUCAUGGAUCUCUCGACCCAGGAUAGCAGCGAUCGACGGCCACCCAGUUGGAACGUUGGGCCAAAUCGUGAAACCAGAUGUAUGCCAAGGUGACGGUGACAGCUUUGAGCUCAAGCUCUCUGGAAACCCUCCGUACAGCGUCAAAUAUGAGCAACAGCGGAAAGCAAACAGCGGAACGUCUCCCGUUCGAGUGCAGACUCUGAGGACAGCUCGGGACGUGGCUUCUGUGGAAAUGGAUACUUCUAAUGCGGGACAUUAUACGUACCAAUUUACAGAGAUCGGCGACAAUCUCUAUGACCAUGAUCGCCCGGAAAAGCCGGUAGUCGUAACGCAACAGGUCAAUCCACUUCCUUCUGCACGGUUCGAUUCCCCGGGUCGUAUCUAUAGUUUCUGCAAGGAAGAUGUGGCCGGUGACGAAUUAAUUCCUGUGACUUUCGAGGGGGUUCCUCCAUUUUCACUGGAGAUCACUAUCAAGCACCACUCGAACUCGAAGCCAGAAGUUGUGUCGAUACCAAAUAUCAAUUCCAAGAGACAUAAACUCCCCAUUCCUCGGCGUCACUUGGACUUGGGCCAGCAUGUCGUCAGCAUUCACAAGGUUCGAGACGCUCGCGGAUGCCAACGUAUUACUGAAUACGACGUCUCUUCAGUUCGGGUCUCCGUCUCGGAUGUGCCAACAAUCAUCCCACUCGAGUCUAAAGCUGAUUACUGCGUCGGAGAAAGGCUUUCCUUCUCUCUUUCUGGACAUGCUCCAUUUGACAUAUUUUACACAUUUAAUGGGGUUCAGAGAAAGGCCACCUCUCAGACCACGAAUUUCCGCCGUAUCGCAGAGAAGCCAGGCGAGUUUACUAUCACAGCUGUUAGCGAUGGAGCAAGUGGGAAAUGCAAAGCAUACAAGGAUAUAAAAAAGGUCAUACACGAGAUGCCAAGUGUUAGAGUCAACAACGGCCAGGUAUCCAUCGUCGAUAUACACGAAGGCGGGGAAGCUAAAAUUGACUUCCAGUUCUGGGGCACGCCACCAUUCGAAUUCACUUACAUUCGGAGUUCGAAUGCCAGAAAGGGGAGGAAACAAGAAAUACUUGACAUGAAACAUGAUGUUUCUUACGAACAUGUUAAGACCAUCAAAACUUCUGAUGAAGGCACUUACGAGGUCGUUGCGAUCAAGGACAAGUUCUGUUCGUUCUCCCAGAUGCCUGCAGGUUAUUCCGAGAGGGCUAUAACGGGUUCUUAAGGGUGUGGGGUUUAUGAUUUUUGGUGUUUACAUUGUAGAUAUAAUUUCAUGAUAUGUUGGCAUUAUAGCGGCGCCAUAAAGUGAUAUUUUUCAAGGCAAGAAAAAAAAGAAAAGAAAAGAAAAGACAUAAAGACGAGAGUCAACCUUCGCUCGUAUCAGUUCUGUGAACUUCGAUGCUUUCAACCAUGGUGCCACCCAGCCUGGAAAUUUCAUUCAGAAUCGCGGAGCAAUUGACCUUCACAACGUCUUUUUGUGUUUCCCUUGAAUCAGUGGGGGAUGCCGGAGAAGUCGAGUAGGCCAUCUUCAAGUUCAACUCUCUGGGCUUCAUAUUCUGUGGGUUCCAAAGGCCCGCAAUCACGCUGCAAUGCUCACCCCCAUGGAACAGGAGAAUGCUUUGGUUGUAGCACGCUUGCAAAUCCCGAACGAAAUAACGAAGCGCAGUAGAUUUGCUUGCUCUGCCUGUGGUGUGGUUAUCCAAAUUUUUAAACUUGGAAGGGAGUGGUCGGUCGACUAAUAAUUUGGGACGUAAAUUGAUGACAAAGUCGUAAGGAGCUAAGGACGUGUGGAAGAGAUCGUGCACAUCAAGAGAAUCCCCCUUCUCUCGCAACAAUUUUAUUGUCGCCUUUGCCAACGUGGAUAUCCUAGCCGCGACAACUUUGGGUGGCAUUUCGUAUUGUGUCCAAGUAACACCAUCGUGGUCAAUAUCCGACGCCGCAAAUAGAGUAAUGUUGUUCAUAGCUGGGUCAAUACUCCGCCAGGCAGCAAAACGAGUGUUUAUCGCUUCAAUAUCCUGCUGGUUAAGCUCCCCACCCAAAUCGGCAAUUAGCGGUUCCUGCUGCCAAUCCCAUCUCGAAAGAAAAUGAAUAGUUCUCAAGAAGCCGGCCAUGACACUUGAUGGAGUGUCCCACGGCUGUGGCUGAGUAAAUGUUCGCGUCGUAAGUAAUUCGAUCAGUUCUUCGUUGAUGUGUGCAGCAAAAAGAUGAGCAUUGAACCAGUGUUUCACAAGGCGUACAGUCGGUGAUAGUAGCGGAAAUCGCGUGCAGAGAGUACGAAUUGCUUGCGUAAGGCGAGGAGCUUGAACGAAGAGGCGCUUGUAUGCGAACAGAGCAUACGCUAUCUGCUCUCUUGUUUGAGAGCCAAUGCCUUUCUCCUUUAGUUGACGCUCUAACAAUGUCUGCUCCCGGUCGUGGUGAAUUCUCAGGCGAAAGGUGAUUCCAGAUACAUGAGCAAUGUCCAAGAAUGCACUAUUCAAGAUCUUGCUAGAUUCGUUUUCCAGCCCAACCCGGCACAACGAAGCAACGCCUGAUGACUCCAGUGAAUCACCUAUUUUAAUUAGGAAGGCUACCUUGGUCAUCUGAAUUGCUGCUAGGUCAUCUGGCCAUCGUCCAGAACUCUCAAAUUGAAGGACAAGAUCCACAGGUUUGCUCGCGGCAUGGACUUGGAGAGACGUGUAUCGGAAAAGCGGGCUAGCUGGAGACAGUUGCCUAACUGUUAGUGGGACAUCGUCCAUGGUUUGGAUAGAUCUUUCCAAAGAUGUGAAGGCACUUGUUAUCGUUUGGAAUGAUGGGUCAGAGUACGAGAGGAUAUUGUCGCCCACGCUGCGGAGUCUUUCGUCGUAUGCGUCACCAAUGUAUCUGAUAUCGCUCUCCGUUAUUGCAAAAUGACAGCGCAGUAUAUAGACAAGAAUUUGGUAUAUUAUAGAUGGCGCAGAAGGCAGAUCAGACCAUACUAAGCUUUCGAGAAUGCUGCCAUCUUUGAAGCGUCUCAGCUCAGCCUUAUCUCCCCAAAAGGAUCGGAAAGACGCUGCUUCAUCUCGUUCUUCGGCGGAUGGGCCAUGAUCAACAACGCGCGUAGAAUUUUCGGGGUCUAAUAGAAGACCCACGAACAGCGUCUGGACUGUCUUCUUUGGUGAACGUUUUGCGUGAACAGACCAAGCUCCAGCACCGCAGCUUGAGAGAAAGAUGAGUUUAACCCUGUUUCCCAAAGCCCUCGACAGUACAUCGUAAAUGGCAGAUUGACAGCGAACUGCCUCGGAUACUUCUCCAUUGUACAGGAAAGGGAGGGAGACAAGCCGGUCGAACCUAAGCAUAGGCUCGCUGACUUUGACAAUAAAGACCCGUUCAAAGUUAUCAUGUCGUGAGUCAUUCAACAUCUUCAAAGUAAUCACCGUCUCAUGGCGAAGGAGAGCAUAGGACCAUGGAGUCAUUUUAUACAAAAUAUUCAAUCCUCUCUUACCAUCAUAAAGGACGGGUCCACCCUGCGGGAAUGAAAUUCCGGUAGCAAACAGUUGCAAAGGUUGAAUUAGAUUCCUCCCUGCAAUGAAUUGCAACGUAGCCUUAAAAAGUUGAUAGCUGCUGUAUGACUUUGAAAGUAUAGGUUUCCCAUUUGGACCUCCACCUUCAAACAGGAGAGACAGGAGUGCGGCCCACUCAAAGCCUCCAAAUCCACCACCUUGAAAUGAUGACCGGAAACCUCGUUGACGCAGCCAAAUCCGACCGAGUAUACAAGCGUCCCUGAAUGAGUCGCACUUCUGAGCUGCCGAAUACACGUACUUAUGGUAAAGAGCCACCGUAGCCUCUGACCGAAGAGCAGAGUUGUAAAAUGUGGUAGAUUUCUCUGCAGAGGGUUGGGAUUUGUCCUCGGAAGACCCGUCGCGUAUGUUAUUCCUCGUUGGAAGAGUUUUCGACAACGGAAACACGGUAUCCUCGAUAGCAGUAAUUAUACGAAUUCGUGACCUAGAUCUCGCCGAUUUGUCCUCUCCGGAAUUUACAGGUUCCAAAGUGAUGACAGGACGAAGGCUGUCCCCAUCAUGCAUUUCAAACUUGAGUCGAAGGUCAAGGUCCUUCGUUUCUCGAAUCGCCGCAGCGAUACAUGCAAUAUAGUACGCCCGUUUGUGGAAAUACCUAUAAUUGACAUAGUCCUUUUCCUGGAAGAUCGAGCUUGGCAUCGUUACAGCCAAAUCAGUCACAUAAGGUUCUGCUGUUCUCGUGCCUGUUCUAAGAGCGAAACUUCCGACGACGUUUAUAUUCACCGGCUUAGCGUAUGACAGCAAAUAUUUUGUAUCCUUCCCGGGACGUGGUUCAGGGAAUGGCACGACAAUGUCAUGCUCUGUGCGUAGUUCCUUUUCCGCAUCAACAGCCAAUUUCGGCAGUCUCUCCGGAAAACGUUCAAUGGCCGCCUUCAAUUUGUGGAGAGUAUCGCGAAUUCGUGAUCCUUGACUAUCAUAAUUUGGCCUCGAAUCAGCAAGCAACUCGUCCAUCUGCAGCUUGAAGAAACUGGAUUUGUAUAACCCGGUGGCAGAAGCCAGCUCCGCAGAACGAUAGCCAUCUCCCCGCUUGACUAUUGCACCAUUCGUUGAGGGCUUCGAUCUGAGAAGAUCUUUGGUUGGCAGAUCUCCGCUCGCUGUGGUAUACUUUAAAUCAGUAUUGACCGGCAGUCCCUGGCUUCUCUGGCUGGUGAGAUUUGGUGGUUGGUCAACUUCUGGAGAAGAGCUAAGCUUCCUUCUCUUCGCAGCAUGAGGCGACAUCCUGAGGUUUAAUUGACUAUUGCUAAGUGUCAAAAACGGACCCUCUGGUUUCCGCGACAGCGUCCAGGCAGCUGGAAGAAAGCAAAAAAAGCCAGACGGCACGCGAAGCCGACGCCAACUCGAU